AAUGACUCUUCAAUUUUGAAAGUCACGUGGAUUUCGAAUUGAUUAAUUUUUGUGGCGAAGAAAAUGGCUGAUCCCAAUAAGAAGAUCGAUUUGGGUUUAUUGGAAGAAGACGACGAGUUCGAAGAAUUUAGAACUGAAGAUUGGACAGAUAAACCAGAUAAUGAUCAAGAAAUAAAUGUGUGGGAGGAUAACUGGGAUGAUGAUAAUGUUGAAGAUGAUUUCAGUCAGCAGUUGAGAGCUGAAUUAACAAAAGAAAAUCUCCUCCAGAAAUCAGAUGGUAAUGCAAUGCAAACAUGAACAUUUUUAUAAGCUUAAAUAUUAUUCUAAUGUAUUUAUUGUUUUUUUAAUACAAUGACAUUAAAAAUAAAUAAUGAA